GAAACCGUCCGGCCAGUCAGUUAGCACAGCAGCCCGACCGCGUACGGACACACGGGGCAAUAAAACACGGAUACACGGGAAAGAGUUUCGACUAGCGCCGUUUAAGGAAAACUGCCGUCGCAAACUGACCGACGAGGUUUUUGACUAGCGAAGAAAGUGGCUGACGAAUUCACGUGCUUCGGUUCGUCGGUUGUGGGUCGUGGUGCGUGUGCGGUUCUUGGCCGAGUCCGCGGUGGUUUCUUCUUAUGUUUGGAGCAGCGAGUUCCAGACCUUAACCACACUCUUCUCUCUGCAGCGACAAGUAGCACUAGACAUAGCCUGUGGUUUGGAAGGUUUAAGGGCGAUUUUUUUACAACCGAGCCAUCACGGGUCAAGUGUCGGAAAAGUGGUACUGAACAAUUAUCUACUUCCAGCACGAGAACAACAUUACUCAGUGCAGAUAGUGGUGUAAAGUGUUUAUUACAGUAAACCGGUAGCUUGGGAAGGAAAGACAAAACGUGAAGUGUCGUUAAAGUCCUCCGAAUAUCUGUGUCUCGGCCAUUACGCAUCACGUUUGUGUGAGCUGUUGUGUGCGUCCUAAAAUGACAAGUGGCAGGAUUGUUGUAUCUAGUGGUACGCUCUAGCACGCGUUUAGUUAGCCAGUGUAAACAGUUGUGCCGGGACGCAAUCGAACAGACGCUGCAACAAUCAAACCAUUCGCACACCAGCACACCCGGAGUGGCAUCCAAUUAACACAUGCACAGCUAUAUCGCUCUUGGCCAUAGGAUGCGCCUGAAUGGUAGGCUAACCGCAGCUGUCUUAUUACUGCAGGCAUUAACACUCGCCAGAUGUCUGCAACUGACAGAAAUCACCGUGCCGGAAGUGGUCGAUGUGCGCGAAACGGUCACACUCUCCUGCACCUAUGACAUGGGCACGCACAAGCUCAACUCCGUCAAAUGGUACAAAGACGAGCGGGAAUUCUUCAGAUACUCCCCGAUGAUGCCCAAGAGCUUGAUGUUCUUCGAUGUGGACGGUGUGACGGUGCUGCAGAACUCGACGGUACAGUUCUGCAAUCAGUUUAUGUGCAGCAUUCAGCUGCACAAUCUCAACAUACGAUCGAGCGGUUCGUACCGGUGCGAAAUAUCGGGCGACGCACCGGAGUUUAAGCUGACGCACGGCGUUGGCAAUAUGACGGUGGCCGUCUACCCGCAGUUCGAUCCUAUCAUCAACGGACUUCAGCAUAAUGGUGUACAGCACAAUUACGCACUCGGUGACUUUGUUGUGGCGAACUGUUCGUCCGACAUGUCCAGCCCACCGGCCCGACUCUACUGGUACAUCAAUGAUCGAAAUGUACCCUCAGAAUAUCUGCAACCACAGCACGAAACUACGGUCGAGAAUGAUGGGUUCCUGUUGCGAUACCGGACGCUCGAAAUACGGUUCUACAUCGACGAGAAGCGGCUUGGCAAGCUGAAGGGUAAGCUGGUGCUGAAAUGUUUGGCCCGGAUCGAAUCCAUCCCCCAAGCAACCCGGGAGUCCUCGCAAACCAUCUACAUCCCGACGACGGACGAACUACGCAACCAGAAGCUGAUUAAUUGGCGCGGAUCAGACGCUUCAUCGCUCCACCACACAGACAUGUACCGACUGUUGGGUACGCUCUGCAUUGUGUUACGCCUCUUCAAGUGGUUUGUUUAAUCGGGUGAGAGCCACCUUCCCGAACUGGAGCAAGUAAACUGGCAUAAAGUUAACGAUAGCAGCCGGGCAAGAGUACUUCUCCUGCCUUUAAAAAUCAAACGCAAACGUGUUCUGCCUACUACUGGGGAAUGGAGAAUGUCCGUCGCGGAGAUAGAAUUGUGUUUUGCGUAACUUCGUGCGAGAAAAGAAAACCCCUCGAGCGGAGAUCACGAUAGCGCAGACACACGGAAACACAAAUCAAAAUGAAAGUUCUAAUACUGUUAGUGGGUUUAUCUUAUUUGUUGAAGCAUCGUUGAGUUCCGGAAUGAGUUACACCAAGUUUUCACCUAAAAUUUGCAUUUAAAUGAGUGAUUGAAACACGCAUAACCUACUCAAUUUUGGAAUGUGCAAUAUAAAAGUAAGCAAAGUAUAGAGGAUAACGAAGCAAGCCACAAAUCAAAGCAAAAGAAACACUCAACUCGUAAUCACGCCGAAAAUCGAUGGAAUGAUCAGUCAAAAAUGGUGAAGAGGCUCGGCACGGCAUUUGUACGGUGGUGGACUGGGCAAUGUACAAAACUUUAAUCACUGCUGCUCAGUUACAGACUGCUCAAAGGAUUCUAACACUGUUCCCAUCCAGGGCUAGUUGCUGACGAGAACCUUGCCUAGGAGCAGCGCAUGCUAUUAUAAUAAAAAAAACACUCACAAAAAGAUAUCACUUUUCUUCAAAUGAACAAACCAUACUUGGAAGGGAAGUGAGUUGCCGAGCGUACCCGCUUUGCCCAUCCUUCAUCUACUAGCAGCGUACAGUUUACAAUAAGAGGCAUCGAAGCUAGACGAGGAAAAAAAUGCUGAGAAAUAGAAUUAAUACGUCAGGGUUUCGUGAUGAGCUGGGCAAGAGUGUGGCUCAUUCUCUUAGUUCGGGAAGGAAGAACUGGAGCAUUUUGAGGUUUAAAUUGGCAAUUUUCUGAUUCAAAAACUUUUGUUACCUCAUACUCAUGCAAUAGACGAGGAGAAUUUCAAAAUUUAUCUCAUUAGCUUUGAAAAUCGUUCAAAAAUAUUGAACAGAUCAUCUUCAAAUUCAAAACUAAGGAGACCAGAUACGAAAACAGCCCGAUGUUCAGACAAAAAAGACCUCAUCACCCUUACAGAUAAUAUGGAACGCCCCGAUAUCAUACAAGUCCUUGCACAAUAUCAAACAGCUCGAUAACUCGGGCUCCGUCAAGUACAGUUUCCACUACCUCCUAGAUAUUGAAUCCUCCAAAAGCGUCAUUUGUGCCCUUAAACUCCCUGACAACAUUUUUUUAGCAGAAUCCUUUGCCCAUCUUGGUGGUAGCAGAAGAAGACAGGUAGCAGUCUUCAAGUCACGUUAGCAUCCAGGAGGGCCAAACUGGAGUCCCUCUAUCCAGCUAAGGUAGAAGUGUUAUCUUGACAACACUGUCUCGGAUGUUUAGAAGCAGAAAUUGGUCCCAAUAUCAGAACUCUUUUUCAGACUCCAACUCUGUUCAGGCUCCAAGAGUUCCACAUCCAACUCCAUGCAUUCUAAACGGAACCCAAGCGAUGGCUCUAACGUUGCUUGCUCAUCCCGAAACACUGCCGUAUUAAUGUAGCUCUCAAAUCCGUGCAAGAUGCUUCGAAUAUAUUCUAAACCUAUAAUGGCCACAAAAUGGUGGCGAAACAGCAAACUAAGCAAACUACGAAAAGCAGCACAGAAGGACAGAAGAUGACACAGAAAACAAAACAACUGACGAUGCUCUUGUUGCGCUUGUACCAGCUAAAUACGCAACGAUAGUGAGGUGCAGCAAAAGCAAAGAAGCGCGACGAAAGAAGCUAGAAUAUUAUCAAAUAUAUAUAUAUGAACCGGUGUUAGAUAGUUUCAUAGAUAUUUUUCUACAGUUUAGUUAAUGAAAAAUGUUGACGGUUACGGUUUAGUAAACGUGUUUAUUGCUGUGCGUGUGUAGAUGAAGUUGCGACUGUUUGACUGUGCACAUGGACAUCAACUGGAGAUCGCAAGUAUCUCAAUAGGGCGCAUUAAGGCAACUACUGCAGGUGUGUGUGUGCGUUUAUGUUUUUUUUUACAGAAAAUAAGGAUCUUUUAGGAUUUGGAAAAAAAGUCGUCGAAAUCCUACCAACACAAAACAAUAUUAAAAUUUUCUAAACUUACGCACACCAAUAUGGAGCGGAUUCUCAAAUGGUCUAUAGGUGCCGGAGAACAGAUGUUGGUCACAUCCUUUCGAGAGUGUUUAAUUCUGGUGCAUCUUGACCGUUGAAGUGAACCUUGCAGAAACUUCAAGAUAACAUAAACCAACACACCAUACGCACCCAUUCUACGCGUCCGUGUCUGUGUGUAGAGGGAACUUGUAAGAGCGAGCAGGUCCUUCUGUUCAUGGCGUUGCUGACGCUAAAUGAUCUAUUACUUUACAGUUCGCUUUUGCGGCAGGAUUUCUUCAGAAGUGUAGAACUGGGGACCGGGCAGAAAAAAAAAACACAUAAUCCUGAGAGAUGCGGAAGAGCAUUUUUGGCGGACUGCAGCGUACAGUACCUUUUUGACUGACUCCACUGGUGUACGCUUGGUGAAGGUUAGCGUUAAAAAAAAAAGCCCAGAUUGACCAACAACCCCGCAGGUCGGUGGAACGGAUAUUCGGUGGGGGUGCAAAACAGCACGAAAUGUCACCGGCAGAGAAUCCCGAUGGUUCCAGCUUGUCGACAGCUGUCAACGUGUCAACGUGUUCGUGGCUCCCACUCCCCGGCACAGCGGAAAUGUGCGACCGUCAGCUGAAAACGAGUUUGAGUCCGGUUCUAGCGCUGGCAGAAGGUGCUGCAAGGUUGGCAGCUCUCUCGGUUUGCCUCUCUCUCUCUCGCUCUCUCUCUCUGUUCGUAAUGGUUUCCAAUUGCACCAGCUAAAAUAACCGAUUUUCGAGCGCGAAGUUUUGACAAGUGAAACCGGAAACUGGGCUCACCAGUCAUAGCGGAUGAUGCAUCAUCAAGGCGGAUCCUUUUUUUGGUUGACGUUGGCGAACCUGCUGUGCUCCAUCACAUUUAAGGAUACUUCAGGUUUUCGGCGAUGUGUCUUUGGUGGUAACAAGUUUUAUGAACGAAGGUAACACACACACACACGAACUACUCCAAGGUCCCCGGUGGCUACUGUUUUGCGAUACAUACUUCGCUUGAUGGUCUCUCUUCGCAGGUGUAUGCGACCGACCGACUUCAAGAUGGCGCUCUUUGCAGAUCAAAGCCAAGCGUCAUGAAUAUUAAACUAGCGUUCCUAGAGGACACUGCGGUCUUUGGUUUCACAUCGGCACGGUGUGCGUCAUUGGUUUUGAGUUAGCGAUCAUAGCAUCCGUACGGAUGCUCCGUUAGUUAACUUCAAAGUUAAGUAAAAGUUCACCCACACUCGUAAACUAAUUACAUGUGAUCGCACACCUGGCACACUAAUAAACACGUUCGGCGGAUGCACCAAUACAGACGGAUUAACACGUACACGAUGAGUUCGGGUGGAAGCGUUCAGCGGAAGUGAAUACGAGGCCUUAUAAUUUGUAUAUUUAGUAUGGACACAGGUGUGAGGUGAAGACAGGAAGAAAAAAAACCACAUCGGAGGCAUAACCAGGGCUGUAGCACCCGGUGCAGCAACUGAUCACUUUUGCCACUCGCGCGCGUGUGCUUUUUGGAGGUGGGGGAAAACAGGCAGGACAAAAGCUUUUUUAUAAAGAAACCAACAAAAAAAGGGGAGGAAAACUUAGUCCCACGGGAGGCCAUUUGCCGCGACGGUACCAAGGGAUACCACCACGCUGCAAGUGUAAAUCAACAUGUGUACAUUUAUGUCCAACACCAGUGAUUGGUAUACUUUAGUACUAUCUCCUAACUAAGUUAAGAUACCGAGCGCUCUCAGCUACGCGAGACAGGGGAAGAGUGCAGCAGUGUCAGGACGUAAGCCCGGGGGACUGGGUUGGACAUGCUCAAAUGCUAAAUAGAAGCCAAACGCUCGCAGUGCGUAUCGGGAGGGAGUUGAAGGACUUGCACUGGAUUCCUCUUGGUAGCGAAUAAAGGCAGCAAAGAGGCAAGCAAGCGAAAAAAAAAAACGUCAACCGUUUAUGCAAAAAAGUCAAAUUAACAUUUUCAUUGCUAAGUAUCUACCACUGUUUGUAAUUGACGCGCUACAAUUUGUAUGUGUGUGAGUGUGUGGGUGACUGUGUGAGUGAGAGCGUGAAUGUGAUUAACACAGAACCGGGGCGGUUCAUUUGGACAGAUGUUUUCUCCAUACUAAUAAAGCAAUGCAAAACCUUUAUCAAGUAACAUUAUUCACUGAAGCCAGAAUUACGAACGGGAAGAAGAAGAAGAAGAAGAAAAGCAAAAUGGCGGUGCGAACAAUGGUAGCUGACAGUUUUUGUAAUAUAGUUUUGGGGAGGGGAAAAAAAAGUUCGGAAGGAAAACAGUACAGUCAGGGUACAACCGGGCACUGUCACGCAUCCUUUCCCAUAUGAGUUUAACAUAAACCCGAAAAGAAGCGGUGCGAUAACAAUUACACAAAACAAACACAGCGAGAAAACCCUCAGUGCUAAAACAAAUUAACAAAAGAAGUGGAAAACCCCCUCCCCCUAAAACGGCCCUCGAGUAAACCAGAAUAGAAACCGUGUUAUCAUCUACCGACUAAGUAACAGCUGUAUGUAAAUCUGAACUGUAUCUUAACUGAGGCUCAACAAAACAUUAUACAAGGUGCAAUACAAAAAAAAGCUAUACUAACGAGUGAGGUUACGGGUGAGGUGAACCCUGGAUUUGACGUUUCAGAAUUGCAGGGUUUUUCUGGUUGUUUUUUUUUGGAAAUGUCAGCCGCGCUUUUUCGUUUCUGUAAAGGACAAUUUGAUCAUCAACCUAUUUUUCGCAGUUGUGAAUUAUGAUCGAGGGCUAAAAUAAUCGUCUUCAAUAUCCAAAUGAGUUAAUUCAUUAUUCUGGACAUUCUAACCGGCAGCAUAAACGCCAUCAUCAUAGUUUUGGUGGAGUCAUCGUCAUCUCCACUUCUACUGUCCACGAGGACAGUCUCAAAAGACAUGGUUAGUUCGUCCGGUCCUAAAUUUUUCCAGGCAUGUCCCUUUCGAACCGUUUAUAAUAUGUUCCACGUCUCAGAGACGUAUGUCAGUACUAGGACUAGAAAUAUUCUACGCACAGUUCCAGCUUGGGGGCGGUCCGAUGGCCGAGGCGACAGCGGCGCCGGUCCUCACACGGCAGGGCCGGGGUUCAAAUCCCAUCCAGACCGCCUCCCCGUACGAAAGGCUGACUACUUUUCUACGGGUAAAAAUAAGUCACAGAAAGCCAGAAAUGGCAGGCCGAGACCUCUCGAGGUUGUAGUGCCACAGAAGAAGAAGAAGUUCCAGCUUGGAAAGUUUCAGGCUAUGUUUUGAUUUGAGAUAUUGCGUCAUGUUGGAGGUGUACGACACUCGUUAAUAUCCAACCCAAAAAAUGGUUUUAGCUUGCUCGAUUCUUUUACUACUUAAGAGACCGUCAAUCAACUCUUGUCUAUAUCAUCAGUGUAUGUCAGUACUCUGGAUUAACUUAAAGAAGAGACUUCCCUAAAAAUCUCUUUCUAGCACCAAGAGUUGAAGAAAAGACAGUCAAGCGCAUCUCCCUUGCGCAGGUCCUUAGAUGAGGCCUUCAGGCAAAGGGUCUGCAGAGUUUUCAAUCUACCUUUCCCAUGACAAAUGAUGUUGGUCAUAUUCAGUCUUACAAAGUAAGCUUGGUCAUAACUCAGUGAAAACUCUUUAGAUCGCUAUUAUAUGUUGUCAUGUGUGGCCCUAAAGUCGAAGAAAAGAUUAUAGGAGUACAGCUGAUGCUCUGCUCCCUUCUCCAAGAUUUAUCGAUCUGUAAAGAUCUCCAUAUUUUCUACGACAUAUUAAGGUAGAUGCAGAAACGAAAAGCUGCGGUUAACAUUCCAAAGAGACCUGGAAAACCCUGCCAAAGCUAGGAAGGAAGCAGUGUAACAGUAGGCGAGAGACAAGACCUCGUUAAAGUUUGUAAAAUAAUAAAUUAAAAAAAGGCACAGGAAAGAAUUAACGAUACACAAAGACACAGCAUGUGAGUAAACAAAGCAAAACAAUACACCGAACGUCAUUGUUCUGAUGAUGCGUGUAAUGUAAUGAAAAUAUAUUAAAGUGGUUGUGUUGGUACGUUCUUUUAAGAAUGAACUUAUGUUUGCUAAAUUGUUUCAGUUGUGAUAAAUAAUAGGUAACUGCGAUUGAAUACAAUUUUGUGGGGAAAGAAGCCCUAAUUUAGUUAAAUUCUUCAAUUUUCGAAAAAAAAAACCUAAAACGGUUCCAGUUGGUUAUUAUUGCACUUUUCAGGUAGGAUAAUAACGCCAAGAAGCAAAAAAAGAAAACACUCACAAUGGAAAGCUAUGUUAUCUGUACAUGUAAUUAUACAUAUCACCGGUCGCCUCGUACUAACAUAAAUUCAAAGAUCGGCGUCGUUUAACAAAAACCCUUGAGGAAGGAAAGGUAGUUUGAAGGAGCGAUACAGUAGACUCCACAGCCCGCAACCGCAACCAUCAUUUAUUGUUCCAGUUUGGUCUGUAGCAAGGGAAUGCUGCAUUUGGAUAGUGGAAUAUUGCAAGCUCAUUUAAGGGACUUUGCAGCCAUAUAAGGGAUUUUUGCAAACAGUUACAAUGGGUUUGAAAUAUUCCACUAUUCGGUUGAAACAUUCCCUUUAAGUGAUUUGCAUGGAUAAAAAAAACUCAUGAACGUAUUUGUUAAAGUUUUUUGUGCAAUAUUUUAGUAUCCUCAAAUUAACAGUUGCGUCACUGUCCAACAAAGCCUUUCUUAGAAAAGCGUUUAUUUCUAAAUAUUUUGGAACUGUUUUGCAUUAGUUAGUUAAAGUUUUGUGAUGUAUUUUGCAAUAAUACUUUUCGCUUCCAAUUGUCAAUACCGGAGUGUCUUUUUCUGAAACUCUUUAAUUGCAAAAAAAGAAGAAGGAAAUCAAAUAACACUAACACUAACCUUUAAUUCGCGGCGCCAGUCGAAAGCGUGUCACAACAGGCUGCACAAAAACCGAAACUAUGCCGUAAAUAUGACACAACAAAUUUAGAAUGAAACGGCAAAUUUACUAACAAAAAGGGAGAAAUCGAAAAAAGCUGGAAAGUUAUGGUUUGGCGAAGAAAGCAACAGCAAAAAAAAAAAACGCGGAACAUAAGAAUACAAACAAAUCCAAUAAACAGCUUAUAGUAAAACAGACACCAACAGAAAAAAGGGGAAGAAAAGGGAAAAAAAGUGGAAAGGUGUAAAUGAAGGUGUAUUAACACAUUAUUUCUAAUUUAUCACACAAGGCGAGACAAAAAAAAAGGGAAAAGAAGCGAACAAAAAAAAAACAAACAAAAAUCUAUACGAAAUUCAGCGUAAAUUGUAAAACAAGCAUUUUGCUAAUUAUGUAAACAAAAACCCACUAACAAAACCCAGAUUCAUCACUUAAACUAUGCGAAGGAUGAGUGUUGUAGGACAUUGUGUGUUAACGGAACAGCGGUGCGAAUAACAGCAACACCAGAAAACGCAACUCCUACUCCUGAACGCAAACUCAGCCAUAAAACAAAACACACAGACACACACAUACAUUCGACGCAGACAUAUUGGGUUGCAAAAAAACACGUUGAACAAAUAAACGAAUCAUAGUAAAUAACAACAACAACAAAAAUAAUUGUAAUAAAUACAGAUAUAUUUUACAGUGAA